AUGGAUGUUUUUUCAAAUUCCACGAAUUCCGUUUCAAUAAUUUCCCGAGUAAAGAACUUUUUCUUUUCAAUUUCCGAAAUUCUAAUUUCCAAUUUUUUUGUAUUAAUGAAAGUGCUAAUCCCCAUCAGUCCGUCCAAUUUUCUCCCCAACUUUUGAGCUAAAUUACGGAUAGCCUUUAGUAUAUAAUUUGAAAUUUUGAACUAUGAUCGGGCCUGAACCGGCGGCCCGGCCCACAGGAAGGCACCGAGUAAUAUAUAAACCCUAAAACUUGAACGUAGAAAACCCAUUCUUAGCAGCCAGAAAGAACUAAAGAAGAAGCAGCCGAGAAAACAUGUCAAGAGCCGCCCCUGAAUCGGAGACCGUUACACGUAUAGAGAGAGAAUACAGAGGUGUAAGACUGUGCGACUCGGGCGCAUGGGCUGCGGAUAUAUGGCACCCUAUUUUAGAAGAGAAGGUGUGUAUUGGUACUUUCAGUAGCGCAGAGGAGGCGUCGGAAGCUUACGAAGACCAACGUCAGUUUUUCGAGCUUAUCUGUAAGACUCAUCAUUUCGGUGUGUACCAAGAUUUGCUCUUGACCCAAAACAUUGUCGAGGAUUUUGAUGCUCUUUCCAUUGCUGAUGCCAAAGCUAAGGUGCUCGAUGAAAUGCCGCCUCAAGAUGAAAUCUCUGUCGUUGAUUUCGAUGAUGGCUUUGUCGAUGAUAACCCUUUUCCUAAUUUGCUAGCCAAUGCUUCUUUUGAUGAUUCGCUAGUCGAUGCUUCUUGUUUUUUUGGAGCCUCCUCAACCUCGUUGAUUAUGUCUCCUGAACCUCUUGAUUAUGUAUGAUAUGUAGUGUAAACUCUGCCUCUAGUGUUUCUAACUAGAGUUGUCAUAGUUUCUAGGGGUGUGCACGGGUCGUACGGCUCGGUUUUUGCAAUAAACACAAAUGAGUACAGAUAAUAUCGGCUUUUCAUAUUUUAAACAUCGAACAUGUCGGGUUUUUUCUCGGUUCGAUGCUAAUCGAUUUUUCGGUUUUCGGUU